AGAUUAUACGUCUGUGAUCAUUUUGCAAUGGCUUCUCCUCCUUCGAAAAUUUUAAAACUAGAUGAUGAACUCAAGGUAUCCAAAAAUUCCUCCAUUUCCACCAUAAUCGACGAGAAUAAUAUUGCUGAAUUAAAAAAUACUAAUAUUUCCGAAGUAGAGCAGUCAAGUUUUGCUGAGAAUAAUGUCGCAGCUAAAAACUCAACCAUAAGUGGAGAACAGCAUUCCAAAAAUUUAGCUACAUUCAAAUUUGAAAAAGUGUUGAGUAACAAUACACUUCGUAAAUCAAUAUGUUUGAAAGGAAACUUUGCAGAUGUUGAAGGUGAUGCUAUUGUAAUACUAUCACAGGCAACCUUUGGUGAAAAACUUUUUAAAGAAACAUCCUACUUUAGUGAAGGAAAUACAAAAAUUACAUUUGAAAAUGAUAGUUAUGGAAACUUCACGUUUUUUCCUAAACCAGAAUUCAAUGGAAUUGAUGUAACUAUAAUUCAUCCAGCUACUGAGAAACAUAUUAAGAAAUAUUCCUCACAUAAUUUAUACAUGUUGAAUGAAACUCCAGAAGUUUAUAAUGAAAUAGUUCUACCUUUACUGAAAGAUCAAUUCAGUCUGCAGUGGAUUCAGAACAUAUUAGAUCAUAAGGCGGAAACAGAAAGAAUUGUAUUUGAAGAUCCUGAUCCAGAGAUAGGAUUUGUAUUGUUACCAGAUUUAAAGUGGGGCGGUCAAGUGAAUUCUUUAUAUUUAUUGGCUAUAUGCCGUAAAUCAUCUAUCAAAUCUUUAAGGGAUUUAAAGUCCGAGCAUUUACCUCUUCUGAAAAAUAUAUACAAUAAAGGAAUUGAAGCUAUAUUUAACAAAUAUGGUCUGAACCGGAGCCAACUAAGGAUUUAUCUCCAUUAUCAACCUUCAUUCUAUCAUUUACAUGUUCAUUUCACUUAUUUGAGACAUGAAGCACCUGGUAUAUUAGUCGAAAGAGCUCAUUUGUUAUCAAGUGUCAUUGAUAAUAUAGAACUGAUGCCCGAGUAUUACCAAAAGGCAACUAUUUCCUAUAUUGUGAAGGAAAAUGAUUUAUUGUUUGAAAAAUUAGAAGAAAAAAAAAUACUAGAAAAGAUUCCAUUGAUAGAAUAAUGGAUUCUCCUAUGGAUAAUAUAAUAAUUGAGCUCAGA